AUGCUUUUUACCACCGUUCUCGUCACUGCUGCCCUGGCCAUGGGCGCCAGCGCCGAGCCUCAAGGCGAUGAACUACCCUUCAAUAUCAUCGGCUCCCGCAUUUGGAGUUCUCCAGACUGUGGAAACAACGAGAACAUCGGAAACCUUGGCGAAUUGACCACACACCGCGACGAGCUUGGCCAAUGCUUCAAGUUCAGUGACAAGGUCAAAUCUGUCAGCCAGACUGAACACGUCAAGGGCUGCAAGCUUUUGGUAUUCCAAGAUACGCAUUGCAGGCAUGGAGAGAAGAGCCCUAAGGAUUUUCAAUGUCUCAAGGCCCCGACCUUUUUCAAUAGCUACAAGACUGUAUGCAAGUAA